GCAGCAUAUGUCUACGCUGAGAACGCCAACAUGGCGGCUGCAGUCUGUAGGUUCUAUUCACACUACACACAUGUACUGAUAGUACGUACUGUCGCAGUGUGCGUAGGUUCCAGACUGCAGAAGCAGUAUCAUCCGGGUAUUUCUCGCCUAUUGGUUCACGAAUACUGAGACUUUCUUACACAUUACGCAUUUAGCGUAGCGCUUUCGCCUUCUGUGUAGGAUAGUGAGGACAUUCGGACGCAGACAAAGUGUUUGCAGAUGCAAAGCGGUUUAUAUUAUUCCUGCGGAGUUGUAGAAGGCUUCAACAUUUCGUUUUAAUCACGGCGUCAUUCUACGUAACUCAACCCCGUAUUCUCGUGGUUUGGUACCGAGUUUGCUGCUCAGCACUCAGCGGCGUGACCGGUAAGUCUGAGUGCUUCUUCCAUGGAUCUGCAUAGCAAAGACUCGGGUGAUGUCCUACCUGUGGUCAUUAUUGGGAAUGGCCCUUCAGGAAUCUGCCUCUCAUACCUGCUGUCAGGAUAUACACCGUACUUCUCCCCUGAGGCCUUCCACCCGAACCCAAUCCUGCACAGAAAACUUCAAGAGAACUCUCAUCUGUCUUUGUUUGAACAGGAUCUGGAGUACCUGUGUGAAGGCUUGGAAGGCAGAUCAUCAAAUCCUUUGGCUGUACUCUUUGAUUCAUUGCUCCUGCCCGACAGUGACGUUGGAUUGGACUGUGCCUCACCAUUGCUAUGGCGGUAUGAGCCAGAAAGAUCCAUGAGCCAUCUUGUGCUUGGAAAAGGACCACCUGGUGGGGCAUGGCAUGCCAUGGAGGGACCCAUGUUAACACUUAGCCUUGCUAAUUGGAUGGAGCUUCCUGGCCUCAAUCUGAAAGACUGGAUGAGAGAGAAACGCAGGAAUGUUCGUAAUGACCGUGCCACAUCAGCAGAUAUCGCCUCCUACUACCAGCACUAUGUCAACACGAUGGGUCUGAGUAACAACUUCGCCCGUGGUACAACAGUCACCUCGAUGCGGCGCGUCUCUCUUCGCCCGGGCCUUUCCGGAUGGCACAUCCAGGGUACACAGAGGUUAGACAAUGGAGAUGAGAUGCCCUUCUUGGUGCAGGCAGAGAAUGUAGUGCUGGCCACAGGCACCAGUGAUGCCCCAGCCCACCUUGGAGUUGAAGGAGAGUCAUUACCCUUUGUGUGUCACAGCUUCGGAGAGCUUGAGAAGGUCAUCUCAAAUAGAGGUCUCUGCAGAUCAUCAGAGCCUGUGCUGGUGGUUGGAGCAGGGUUGACUGCGGCUGAUGCCAUUCUAUGCACCCACCACCUCAAUGUGCCUGUGUAUCACGCAUUCCGUCGAGGCGUCUUAGACCCGGCACUCAUUUUCAACCAGCUGCCCCGUCUUCUCUACCCCGAGUACCACAAAGUGCACCAGAUGAUGAGCCAGCAGCAAUACCAACCAAGCCAUUCUGUACUCAAUUUACCCUCCCAGCACGUGUCAUCACCAGACAAGGACCACACUCACUCGUCCUGCUCCUACCCUGGAUAUCUGAGCUUCCCGAAACACCGUGUUGUGUCUUUUAAUCACAACGGCAAGUGUGUCUUGGAGGCUGAGAGCGGGCACCAGGUGGUGCUGCAGGUGUCCUUGGCACUGGUUUUAAUCGGCUCACAACCUAAUCUGUCGUUUCUGCCUGAGGAGGGAAGACAACUGGGGUUGGAGCCAGGACAACCAAUCAGCUGUCGGCGCAACCCAAUUAAGGUGGAACCGUAUACUUAUGAAAGUGUGCGGGAAGAGGGACUGUAUGCCCUGGGUCCUCUGGUAGGUGAGAACUUUGUGCGCUUCCUCAAGGGUGGUGCACUGGGUGCUGCAUGCAAUCUACUGCAAAAAAGGGGGAGAGAGGAGGGCAAAAAGCAAUGACUGUCCUAUAAUGGCCUCGAUGUAGAGGAGAGAAAAGGGGAAAAAAUGAGAAAAGUAGGGAUCUUGUAUCCACCCACUACGACAAACAGUCCAGCUGUUAUUCCAGUCUUUACUGCUCACAAAACAGAAGGGAAUCGGUGAACACUGUCGAAGAGGCUUUUCUCCUUGAUGAACAAUGGGUCUCGUUUACCAAUCUUUUAGUAAAGUUUUGUGUUAAUGUUUGCUUAAGCCAAACCAAUCAUUUGCAGCUUGAGACAUAUCACAUUGCUCACUUAUCGGUCACUUGGUGCUGGCUGGAAUAAAGUGUUACACAGCAAUAAAAAGAUGCCGUGGCAAACAGAACUGACCUGCAUCCUGAACCAUUACAGCUCGCCCUCCUUUUAUACAGCAGCAUUUCUUCUAAAUUGAAUCACUACUCUUAAUUGUCUAAAUAUAUAUAUUGAUAUAAGUAUAUCUUUGCCUGCUUUUAGUUUUUUAUAUUGGAAUAUUUCUUUAAUUAACGCGAUUAAUAUGUAUGAUUUACGAAUAAAUAUAUUUGUAUACAGCAUGAUGAACGAGGCCCAAUGAGCAACUAGACCAAAUGUGAUGAAAUUUUACUUGAAAAAUGUGGUUCUUUUAAGUGGGAAAGUGUGCAGGACUGUAAAAAAGGAGGCAGAAGUUAAUGUUGAGUUUAAUUGUGUGAAUUGAACCCUGCAAACCUAGAGCCAACAGAAAAACUAGAAGAUCAGCCUUGUGGUCGUUUUUUUUUUUUUGCUUCCUAAAAACCAACAACAAACAAAAAAACUUUGAGGAGCUGGUCAUUAAGUAGCGUUCUCACAAACUGUUUUCUGUCUCAACACUGCAGUCCUUAUUUCUGAUCGUUCCCACGAGAGUAAAAACCUGUGUGCAGCGUUGUUUUUCUUUUUUUUUUUUUUUUUUUUUUUUUUUUUUUUUUUUUUUUAAGUCAAGUCCUGUGUUGGCACAGUCCUGAUCCAGUUGUGUCUAAAUAAUUUAUAAUGAGCUCAAAUUCAUCUGACAAUAUUCUUUCUCAACCAGCGCCACACUCUCUCUGCAGCUUCAAGUCUCUCAGCAUGACCCACAGUAACAAAGAGGAAAAGUAUGAUAAACUAGAAUGGAAGGCAGGUUAAGCAAGCUGUCCACAAAUUGCAUGUUCACAAAAAAGCAUGAACUGCAUUUAUAAAGAAAUGUUUGGUGUCACGAAGAGGAAUGGAAAGCAUAUUAUGUAUUAUUGGUCUUGGAAUUUUGAACAUGGGGAGAAGUAAAUACAGCCCGAGGUACAGCAGUUAGUUUCUUGAUUGCAGUGUGUACACUCAGAGAUAUGAUGUACUAGUUUUUGUGACGCUGGAUUUGUCAAUGGACUGACCUGCUGUACUCAAGUACAUCAGGGAUUUUAUUUAUUUUCUUUUAACAAAGCUGCUAAUUAAGUUGUUUGGGAACAUGUCAUUUCUUAUACAACCCCAAUUCUGAAAAAGUUGGGACAUUAUGGAAAAUGCAAAAAAAAAAAAAAAAAAAUCAUUUGAAAAUUCAGUUCAUCCUGUACUAUAUUGAAAACACAUUAUGAACACAUUAUUUGAUGUUUUAAUGAUGAUUCAACACACUCCAAAAAAGUUGGGACAGUUGACCGUUUACCACAACAUCAACUUUUCUUUUAAUAACAUUUAUUAAAUGUUUGGACGCUGAGUGAAGACACCAGUUGGUUAAGUUUAGCAAGCGGAAUUUUCCUCCAUUCAUCCAUUAUGCAUUUCUUAAGCUGUGUAACUGUACGAGUCCUUCAUUGCCUUAUUUUGCACUUCAUAAUGUGCCACACAUCCUUAAUCGGAGACGGGUCAGGACUGCAGCAGGCCAUGCUCCCACAUGCGCACUCUGCUUACGCCAUCACGCGCUUGUAAUGUGGGCAGAAUGUGGUUUGGUGUUGUCCUGCUCUGGAUGGCAGCAUAUGCUGCUCCAAAAUGUGUACAUAUCUUUCUGCUUUAAUGGUGCUUUCACACAUGUGCAAGUUACCCGUGCCAUGGGCACUGACAUGCCCACAUACCAUGACAGACGCUGGCUUUUGGACCUGACGCUGAUAACAGCUCGGACGGUCCUUUUCCUCUUUGAGAACACGACAGCUGUUUUGUCCAAAAACUAUUUGAAACGUCGACUCGUCGGACCACAAAACAUGAUUCCACUGUGCUACUGUCCAUCUCAGAUGAGACCGAGCCCAGAGAAGUGGGCUGAGCUACUGGAAAGUGUCGAUGUACGGCUUCUGCUUAGCAUAGUAAAGCGUUAACUUGCAUCUGUGGAUGCAGCGGCGAAUGGUGUCGACUGACUAAGGUUUACCAAAAUAUUCCCGAGCCCACGUCAGGAUCUCCAUUACAGACACAUGACUCGCACUUAUAUUGUGCAGUGUAGAAGGUGAAAUGUCCAAAAUCCUACCGAUUUGUCUAUGGGGAAUGAUGUUCUCAAAGUGUUGGAUUAUUCCCAACCGAAUUUGCCAAGCAAAUUGGGUUUUGUAUCAGUCUUGGUGCUUUUAUUUCAUUUAUUAGUUAAAUGUAUGAAAUGUAAUAAGUGUGUCUAUAGAGCGUCUAGCCUGAGAACACCAUGCAAUCUCUAAGUUUGCUUGUGAUAGGCAUGACUAAUGCUAUAUAAUUUGCUAAUUAAUUAAUGAAAUGUAAAAUGUACUGUAUAUAAACAAUAUUUAUAGCUGGCUAGAAUUUGACCUGCCGUCUAGCCAAUUAUGCUUGCUAUUGGAAUCACUGGUAGUCUAACCUGGCUUUAGCAAGGAAAACAGUCUAACUUGGGUAACUAUAGCCAGUUAAUCUUAGCAAAUUAACUAAAAUGACCUCGUCAUUCUUUUUUAAAAUUUUUUUUUUCCAAAUUAGGAUCCAUCUAGGAAGGCAAAAGAGAGGAAACCCUUCAUGUUAUUAGUUUUUUGUUUACUCCAAAGAGUUUCAACACUGCAGGGUUGGUUGGUUUUACGUCUUCAGAUACACACUGAUAGCUGCAGCGUUCACUAUAUUGUGUAUUAUGUAGAAGGUCACAGUAUGAUGAAUUAACAUGAAUGUUUUCUACUGAAUUUGUACUUGAUUGGAUACUUUAAACUUGAAAGUGAAUAAAAAUCUGCAGAAACCCA